AUGGCUGCUACCAAGACGAUCUCUGAAGUAGGUCGCGCAAGGGAAAUGUUCAGGUAUGCGGCCUCCCAGCUCGUUGGAAUAGAGUAUCAGAAACACGCUGCUCUCAUAGAAUCAUCCUCACUGCGCACCUCUCAGGACACUGUUCUUACUGGUCUUGCUGAGCUUAUCGCUGUGCGCUUGGGUGCUGCGCGCGCCACCAUUUCUAUGUUCGAUCAGCGUUGGCAGUAUGUCAUCGCCGAAGCUACACCACGUCUCUCCCUUUCCCCGAGUGCCAAGUCGACCGACCGUGGAGGCCUUCUGCUUUGUGGUACAGCUGUGCCUCGAUCGCAGUCAAUUUGUAGCCAGGUUGUGACACGUCAUCUUGGAGACUCACUUGUCCAGGGCGCCCAGGACUUAUCCGUCUUUAUUGUUGGUGACGUCUUGCCACGGCUUGAGGAGAAUCCUUAUUUCAACCACUGGCCUCAUCCAUUUUACGCCGCUGUUCCUAUUCAGACCCCGCGAGGCAUCGACAUUGGCGUCCUUACUGUGUAUGGCAAUCAAGCCAACGCUGAGCUCGACGAAAUAGAUGUAUCCUUCAUGCAGGAUGUAUCGCGGACUAUUAUGGAAUACCUCGGUGCCGUGAGAGCAAGGGAAGGCCACCGCCGCGCCAAUCGAAUGGUUCGUGGGGUUGGAAGUUUCGUCGAAGGUGAGGCUAGUCUAUCGGGCUGGAAGGAUGGCACCAAUGUUGAGUCCUUCCUCAACGAUGCCAAGCUCUCAGAAGGAGCCCUAAAUGCGAAGCAACAGGGCAUUCAGAAGCAACAGCUCGGAAUUGGAAAGUUAAACUCGGACGCAACGAUCGAUGACAAGGAGACAGAGCUGGUUUCGCCCAUCUCGAUGCCGGAUAGAGACCAAUCUCCCACGGAUAAUGAGAUGGAUUCUGAAUUAGCUCUUGCACAACAUACGUUCUCCAAAGCUGCCAAUAUUUUGAGGGAAUCAAUGGAAAUUGAGGGCGUACUUUUCCUUGAUGCUGCUAUCUCUUCCUUUGGCGGAGGCGUUCGACGUGGGGAUGGCCGUCAUGGAUCCUCCUCUUCGAGUAGUGACGAUUCACAAAAUUCGACAUCUCGCAAGGAUGCCGACACACCGGCCAGCGCGCUCGCCUUUUCAAAUUCCUCUGAUUCCAGCAUAGAUGGCACUUCCCAGCUACAAGGUCGCUCUCCGAUAACCGAGAGGUUACUGGCCAAAUUCAUUAAACAUUAUCCCCAAGGUCACACAUUCAAUUUCGAUGAGAAUGGUACCGUAUCCUCCAGCGAGUCAGCCAGCGAGGAGAGUGCGGGCACUGCGCGAGGAUCUCUGCACCUCGCGCACCAAGGAACAAGUGGGAGAUCUCGUUCCAAUCUACCUAAACGUGGCGGCGUUUUCAAGAAGACUGGGGCUGCAGAUUCGGUAGCACAGCUCUUUCCAGGCGCGAGGAGCGUGGCAUUCAUUCCAGUAUGGGACUCACAUAAACAUCGUUGGUUUGCGGGUGGCUUUAUCUACACAAAAUCAGCAAGCCGCACUUUUACGACUGAGGGUGAACUCAGUUACGUUGCUGCUUUUUCCAGUAUCAUCAUGGCAGAGGUUCAUCGCAGACGAGCAAUAUCCACUGAUAAAUCCAAGAGCGACCUCCUUGGAUCUUUGUCGCACGAACUGCGUUCGCCUCUCCACGGAGUCGUACUAGGUGCAGAGCUCUUGCAAGAUACUGAACUCGACAUAUUCCAGAAGGAUGUGCUCAACUCCAUGGAGAGUUGCUGUCGAACGCUCGUAGACACAAUCGAUCAUCUUCUUGAUUGGACCAAGAUUAAUAAAUUCAGGCAACAUUCGGCCGCGGAAAACAAGAGUGGCAAGGGACCUCGACGACGUGGUACUUCAGAUGGUGUCAACAUGUCCAUCGAGACUGGAAUGAUGACUACCACGUCUGAAGUCAAUAUUGCUGCGGUUGCUGAGCAGGUGGUUGAGAGUAUAUUCGCGGGCCACACAUUCCAGGUCAUGUCCGUAAGGCGCAUGGCAGAGGAUUCGGGGACCACGGAUGUGAUGACUCGUGCUAUUCGCGCGCACGAUGGCUUAGAAGCACUUGAAAUCAUGAAAUCAGGAUCCGGGGAAGGCUCAGAGUUUCAGGUUCCUCUCGGCGGCGUCAUUCUCAUUCUGUCAAUCGACCCAAAUCUACCAUGGACAUUCAUCACACAGCCCGGAGCUCUACGGAGAAUUCUCAUGAAUUUACUGGGGAAUUCGCUCAGAUUCACAAAGCAAGGAUUUGUUGAGGUACAUCUGAGACAGGAGCCGCCAAGCACCUCGCGGCCCAAUUCAAGACGUCUUGUUGUUGUCACCGUAACUGAUUCGGGGCGUGGCAUCGGCCACGAAUUCCUUCAGCAUCAGCUGUUCAAACCCUUUACCCAAGAAGAUACGCUGGGCGCAGGAGCAGGCCUUGGUCUCAGCCUGGUCAAGAAUAUCGUUACUUCUCUACGUGGAUCCAUCAAUGCGAAAAGCAAGCCCAGUGAAGGUUGUACCAUGACGGUCAAGCUGCCACUACAGACCGCAUCACCUUCAGAAAAGGAUGCUAUGAAUGAUGAGGCACAAGCACAGUUCGCUGCCGACAUUGCUGAAUUGCAAGGACUACGCGUUAGCAUUGUCGGCUAUCCAUCAGCUUCGGAUCAGUCACUCAAGGCAACCAUCAAGGACGGUUUGCUUCGUGAGAGAUCUACACUCAUGGAGGUCUGCAAGGAUUGGCUGCGCAUGCGUGUUAUUGAACCGCAUGAAGCAACAAAGCUCAUACCUGACCUGAUCCUAUGUGGCGAGCGAUUUAUUGAACCAGGUAUCACGGAACUACGCGAGGGUGAUAUAACCCCUACAGUCAUCAUUUGUCGCAAUGCCCUCAUGGCCCGGAGCAUGGCGACAUCUCCAAAAUAUAGCAUACGUGCUGGGAAUGGUGUUCUGGAUUUUAUUUCACAACCAGUUGGACCACGCAAGCUUGCCAAAGUACUAUUGCAAUGCUUCAAACAAUGGACCAAAUUACAAGAAACUGCCAUGUCGACUCAGGCUCCUUCGGACAUGAACUACUCGGAAUCGGCAAACUCGCCAAUGGAAGAACCACGAGACAUUCUAUUCGCGCAAUCGACAAGAUCCGCCCCAGAGACAAGCGAUACAUCUGCCGAUUCCUCGCGGCCCAGGUCAUCUGCUGAGACACAAAGACAAGUAGUUGAAGAAUCCAUUUCACCUCUGCGCGAUCCAAUCGACCUUGACCGUGAUCGGCAUGCAGAGACACCGCAACCCGACCAAACGGCGAUUGCACCAAAUACAAACACUACCGAGCAUGGAGUUGGGGAGGAGGGCAAAAGCCAAAACUUGGAGAUCCGUCUUAAGCAGAGUCACAAGGCACGGUACUUGCUUGUAGAAGACAACGCCAUUAAUAUGAAAAUUCUCAUUGCCUAUAUGAGAAAGCUUGGACACAGAUACGACACCGCAAACAACGGCCAGGAAGCUCUGGAAGCAUUUCAGAAGGGAGCUGGGCAGUACAAGUGUAUUCUAAUGGAUAUUUCGAUGCCAGUUAUGGAUGGUUUCGAGUCUUCCAGGCGAAUCCGUGCACACGAGAAGGAGAAUGGCUUUGCCCGCUGCAAAAUCUACGCUUUGACUGGACUGGCCUCUGAAAGUGCACAACAAGAAGCCUUCUCGAGUGGAAUAGAUCUAUGCUUGGCGAAGCCAGUCAAGUUAAAGGAGCUUUCUGGGAUACUAGACGAGAGAAGACCAAGUGACUAA